ACCUCUACUUUGCUGAUCAUGUUCAUUUUGAGAUACUGCUCCUUCGCCCUCUCUCCCCUCUUCCUCCAUGGACUGCGACUGUAGUGAGCAAACUUUCCAGUAAAACCUGAAACAGACGUUCACAUGAGACAUUAGGAUCUUUAUAGAGCCCGUAGAUAUUAUCAGUACAAACAUUUUAGCAGCCUGUAUAUGCCUGUCAAAACAUCACACCACAGAGGAAGCUAGCAAGGAAUCGCUUUGUUUGAUCUCUUCACUGUAAACAGUCUCUGGUGGUACUUCCGGGUUGAGAAGGAGGCGAGAAGCAGUGAGUACGCACUCCAACAUUACGAUGACAGUUUUUAGACUAAACAAGACAUUAAAUUAUCAAAUCAACACGGUAAUUUGUAGAAGCUAAAUUACACACUUGAGACCUGAGAUGCUGUUUUUGUCUCCUUGUGGCCUCCAGGCUGAGAUGGUUCAAUGAUUACCUGAGUGGACACUUCACACUUUUAUCAGUUUGACCUCAGUCGCCUUCGUUCACCUGCUUUUUUAUAACCAUGGCAGGAGGUAGCUUCUUAAGUAAAAUGAGGUCCGCUUUCCGAAAAGACAGAAAUGACUGGGACUUGAGUGACACAGCCCCUUUUGAAUUUUCCGAUGAACUGGUGGAAGACGAUGGACCAAAAUUCAACAAGCUGAGGGUGGUGGUGUCUGGAGAGAUGUCGGAUUAUUCCUCGGGAGUUGCUGGGAAUGGGGUAGCGGUGAAUACGCUGGUGGUUGGAGGAGCGGACGAUGAUGAUUCUUUGUUGGAUGGGAGUUUGGAGAGUCCUGGGACAACCUUGGAUCCAUGUGAGAACUGCAUCAGGAGAAAAGAAAACGUAAAACACAAAAAAGUGAUGAAGAGACUGAUCAUCGCUGCUACGCUUUAUUUCCUGUUUAUGACUGGAGAAAUUAUAGGUGGCUAUGUAUCAAACAGUCUUGCCAUUAUGACAGAUGCUGUGCACAUGUUGACGGAUGUGGUCGGCAUUUUGUUUUCACUUUUGGCUCUGUGGCUCUCGACUAAACCUCCGACAAAGAGAUUCACUUUUGGACUGCACAGACUGGAGGUGGUGUCUGCGGUGCUCAGUGUGAUGCUCAUCUACAUUCUGACGGCGGUCCUGGUGUUUGAGGCCGUGCAGAGGACCAUGAGCCAGGACUUCGACAUCGACGGAGACGUCAUGCUCAUCACUGCAGCUGUGGGCGUCGCCGUCAACCUCAUAAUGGGUUUCCUGCUGAACCAGAACGGGCACCUCCACUCCCAUGGUCAUGGUCACGGUCACGGUCACGGUCACAGUCACUCUCACGGCCCGGCGGGAGGGCAUGUCUCUGGGGCAGAGGCGCAGCAGAAGUCCCACGGGAGUCUGGCUGUCCGUGCGGCCUUCAUCCACGCUUUAGGAGAUCUGCUCCAGAGCGUGGGGGUGCUCAUCGCUGCAUACAUCGUAAGAUUUAAGCCGGAGUAUAAACUGGCCGACCCCAUUUGCACCUAUAUAUUUUCAGUGUUGGUCAUUUGCACUACAUUCCGUAUCAUUCGAGACACGGUUGUCAUUGUACUUGAAGGUGUCCCACGGCAUUUGGACACGCAGCGAAUCAGAGAAGAGCUUCUGAAACUCGAGGAUGUCCAGUCUGUGGAGGAGCUGAACGUGUGGGCUCUGACCGCAGACAAGACUGCAGCUUUAGUGCAUCUACAGCUCACUCCCUCUGGUGCCACAAACUGGGAACAGGUCCAGUCUAAAGCUCGUCACUUGAUGCUUCACACAUACGGCGUCAGUCGGUGCACGAUUCAGAUCCAAACUUACAGAGAACAACAGAACUACAGCUGUACGAACUGCCUGCCCCCCACAGCAUGAGGGCGCUGUGGAGCUGAACUUUACAUUUAACGCACUGUACUUCUAUCAGCUGUUUCUACUGGACCAGAGUAGAAGACGCUUGCAGAGAUGGUGCCAAAGGAUGAAAAACUGUGGCAGGUUUGAUGAAUAAAAGCUGUUUUGGUACAUAAAGGUCUUAUGCUAUACUGCUUAGCUUUGAGCAACCCAGUCACCACUUCUAAACACAUGGCAAAGGGAAUCAAUCAUGCUGCCACCAUGCUGCCACCAGCUAAACGAUUUCACAGUUUAUACAGCAAAUGUUAGUUUCUACAGUGCCAAGUGUUCAGACUGGUCAUAUAACAAUAACAUGUUUUAAUACCUACAGCUAUUAUUGGAUUGUUUAACCUCGCAGCCCGAUUUAAACACAACUAUAAACUUGAACAAUAUGAAAUUAUAUUGAACAAAAAUCAGUAUUUGCAAAUCUGACAUUGUAGCAGAUCCCUCAAUGUGAAAUUUAAACAGUAUUUACCUUAGCAGAAUAAGCUGUGUGCACAUCAGAACACUAGCUCGCUCACUGUGUCUAAAAACGUGUUUUAGAUAAAAUAAAUAGAUUUUUUGUAUUGAUUACUACAGUUUGCGUCAUUGUUUUAAUAGUUAUUAUCCUUCAAAAAUAGCAUUAGAUUAAGAUACAAACAUAUCCUUUCCUGAACAUAGGAGUGUCCUGGUGAAGUAUUCAAUCAGGCUGCUGGGGCUGUUGUGCACAGAUCCAAUCAUCUAUUUCCCAUGUUUUGUUUUGGUGACUAGGUUGUAGCUAAAACCAGGGGGCGCUGUUGUAAACCUGCUGAAGAAAGCUGUGUAUCUUGAAGCUCUUUAAUCACCACAGAAGCCUUUUUUCCACAUUAAUUUUCUUUUGUACUUUUAAUUUUCUUGAAUGUUAAGUUGUUUUUUACUAGGACCGUGAGCUAUGAAUGACUUAUUAAUUUACUAAAACUAUCUGCACUUACCUCAUGCCACAAAAGUAAAAACUGAUGCAAUAGUACUGGUUCUGAUCGUCAGUGUAACGAGUGGAUCACUGAAUGACUUCAACAUGUUAUUACAUAUUGGGUAGUUGGAUCCAGGUGCUUUACAAUUUUAUCUUUUCAUUCACACAAGAAGCAAAGUGAUUGUUCUACGGCACAAUGGCAGUAUGCUAUUUAGGUACUGGUUGGAACUGGGAUUGGACCAACCACCUUCUAGUUAGACGACUUUUACUUGAGCCACCUGAGCCACUGUUGCCCCAAACAACUAUUAAAGGUGUACUAUGUAACUUUUUCUGGCAGAAGGUACGCUACCAGAUUAAGGUACAGGUCAGAUGUGUGGAGAGGCAACCCCACUCAGUAAGAGGUGUUCAAGGUGUUUAUGAGCUACAAAAACACCUGUAAUCGAUUAAAUGCAACAUGGACUCAAUGAAUGCGAUUCUGUAGCACAUUCUAGGUAAAGGAAUAACAUCUCCAUGGAGACAUGCAGCUGCCAGAUCCUCGCCUGUAAAGUUACAUAGUGUUCUUUAAAUGAGUUGGUGAACUGUUCAUUCGGGCUGACACAAAAGAAACACCAGUGUAUUCCUCCAAAGUCUGAACUCUGCUCCAAACCACAGGAUUUUAUUGACAAAGGAUUGGCUGUAGAAAGACCUAAAUUGAUCAUUGACAAUUAGAAAUGACACUUUAUUCAAAUAUUUAUUCAAAUAAUUAAUUAAUUGCACAGACCUGCUUCUGUGUACACCUGAUUUUGCAGUCCUUUGGUCCACUGGUUUAUAUUGUCAGUAUCAGAUUUACCAAUACAAACCCAGCACACUUUAAUCUGCCCCUUUGUUAUAACACUAUCAAUUAUUGUAACACUUAAAUGACUCUUAAUAAAGCAUGAACAAAGGCUUACGUAAUGGACAAAUAGUUUAUGAAGAAUGAUUCAUGGUUAACAUCAAGGUUUAUUUAUAUACAGAACAUUUAAAAACACAAUACUGCCCCAAAGUGCUUAACAAUAUAGACAAAAAUACACAAGUAAAUAAAUAAAAGAUAUACUACUACAUAUAAACACAAUGAAAUUAGGAGGUUAAUAACAUAUACAACUAUAGAAAAUCAAGUCAAGUCAAAAGGGACAGUAAAAAGUGUGCGAUUUAAAAUUUUCAGGCAUAAUUCAUAUCCUAAUCUGUUAAUUAAGUAGUUACUAAGCCUGAAUCAUUGUUAAUUAACGGUUUGUUCUUUAUUAAUUAAGUGUUAUUCAUGCUUUACUAAGGCUGAUGUAGAUAUUUUAAAGUAGUAACUCAGUAUUUUGUCCGUUUUCUUUGACCAACUCAUUACUGACUUUUCUUUUAACUAUAGCAACUGACAAUCACAAUAGCUGACUUUUAACUUUACUUAACUGGGAGAAAAUAUGGGAUGCCCAGUUUUUCAGACCCAGUGUUUUUAAUCAAAAGCUGCUGUGCAUUAAAAAAAGUGGUAACUGGUUUGAAGGAGUGAAAGAAAGUUCAUUAUGAACUCUGUCAGAAAAUAUUAAGAGUAAACCUGGAACUGGAAUUUUGUUUUGUAAGGAAUAAAGUAUUUAAUCUGAUGUGUUUUACA